AUGUCGAGCUUCCCAGCGACCACCCUGCGCAGCGCGCUGCGCCACGUCGAGACCGCUUGGCUUUUCACAAGAACUGACUUCAAGACAAUAAUCUUCCCAGUGAUGCUAUUUGCGACCGUCGUGUCCCCUCGUCACGACCCGCUAGCCCUGUCUUGCUCUCUGUGCUGGCUUUGGUUUCAUCUCUUCCAAUUCAAUGUCUCUAACCAAUCACAUGGUGUGCAUGAAGAUGCCGUGAAUAAACCAUGGCGUCCUCUGCCGUCUGGGCGCAUUAGCAUCAAGGAUGCUCCCAGUGUGAUGUUCACUGUGCUGAUGGUGGCGCAUGACGAUUUUCAUCUCUGUGACCAUCCCAUUUUCAAAAAUUUCUGCAACAACGGAUUUUAUAUGACGCUGGAACUCGGUGCUUCGUUGGUUAUGUGUAGAACGACCAUUCAAGCACUCUACUGCAGCGCGCUUGUCAUACUUUUGACAAUUCAUGCGCAGGAUUUCGCUGAUGUUGUGGGUGACCGCAAGUCAGGACGACGAACACUGCCUAUCGUAGCGCCCGAAGGAUCUCGCAUCUAUAUGCUUUGUCUACUUCCGCUACUAUCUUUUGCACUCGCCUCAUUGUGGAGCCUGGGGCCUCUCUGCAGCAUUUUCUUUGUUUGUAUGGGUUCUUGGGUCGCACUUCGCUACUUUCUCUUCCGCGACAAACUUCGUGACGAGGCAAGCUACCGCCUAUACAAUGUUCGUAUCAUCUGUUCAUAUUACCUUUUUCUGUGA